UAUAACACAUGAAUCUGUUUAAUCCAUCUACUCACCUAAAUCUGUUUAAUGUCAUCGUCAUUCAACAAACUUCUUCACUGAACUGACUCCACUUCUCUGCAUCUCACUUCCAGCAACAAUGGCGGCAUUUUUGUCACUUCUCCGGCGACUCUAUCUCACUACUUACAACUGGAUCCUCUUCGCCGGAUGGUUUCAAGUGUUGUUUUUGACUUUGAAAACUUUAAAGGAACCAGGGCAUGCACACGUCUACAGUAACAUUCAGAAACCACUUUUGUUUGCUCAAACGGCUGCCCUUUUAGAGAUUCUACAUUGUAUUGUAGGUUUGGUUAGAUCCCCAGUUUCAACAACUGUGCCUCAAAUAAGUUCAAGAUUGUAUAUGGUGUGGGGAAUCCUGUAUAGUUUUCCUGAGGUUCAAACACAUCCUCUGAUUAGCUCUUUGGUCAUUAGUUGGUGUAUUGCUGAGAUUGUUCGCUACGCUUUCUAUGGUACAAAGGAGGCAUUCGGUUCGGCUCCAUACUUGCUGUUAUGGCUCAGUUACAAGUGCAGGUAUAGCACCUUCUUUGUAUUGUAUCCAACUGGCAUUGCUAGUGAAAUUGGUAUGAUAUAUAUUGCACUACCUUUUAUGAAGGAAUCCGGAUUGUAUUCCGUAAGGAUGCCUAACAAAUGGAACUUUUCAUUCAGUUACUUUUAUGUUGCAAUUGGAGUGAUUGCAGUUUAUGUACCAGGAGUACCGCACUUGUACAACCACAUGCUUCGACAACGAAAGAAAACUCUGUCCAAACCGAAGGAGGAGUAAUGUUUGUACUCUGUAGCCUAAAUUACAUGCGCCUCGUAGUAUGUAUCGAGUAUCAUUUAUACAAGAUCUUCAUUGUUGCAAUUAACGUUAAAUUUAUGAAAAAGAUGUAUUUCUACUUUA